UAAUCUCAAUGCCUCCGCUCACCUCUACCCCAGCGCUUCGAAUGCGUUCUCUCCACCCACAUGCCACCCGCUCGAUCUCCACAACGCCCCACCUCUUGGGCGGCGGACCCCGCCCAAAAAAGUCCCGCAUCGUCCACAGAGGCAAGACCUUGAGGAUCCCAAAAUCAAGCUCCGUGCUGAGCGCAACCUCCUUCAGACAUCGCACUUCCCACCACGAAGUCCGAAAGCCGGCGGAUCAUGGGGUCGCGCCGCCCGUGAUCCGCAAAAUCAUACCGAAGGGACCAUCCCGCGACCUGAUCCACUACAUACCGCCGAGCAAUCCGUUGCGCUCGGUGCUGGGCCCGGGAAUGUACUACGAUACCAAAUUGGAUAUGUGUCGCUGCACCAGCACGCCCGUUGACAAGGACGUGGAGACGGAGUACAUGUACACGCUCAUGCUACGCAAGACCCUUAGUACGUCUAUCGUACCCACCAAGUACGUUACGCUGAGGUUUGCGGUGAACAAGUGCAUGGAGGCUACCGGCUCGCAUAAGAAGGCUUCGGCUACACGCCUGCGAAAGGGCUUCCUAAGCGAGGCUAUGGGCACGAUCCUAACGAAGAAGAAGGCUUGGGUGUGCGAUUAUGCUAGGGCCAACUUCUUCGAUUGGGAUCUGCAUGAGAGCAUGAGGUCCAUUCGCGGGCAUCUGUUCACCGGAAAGGAGGUGGACUAUUACACCCCGGAGGGGCAAGUCCUUGGCGCUCAAAGCUGCGAGAAGAGGAAUUCCAAGGCAGGGCGCAAGGAAAAGUUCCACAAGGACAUGGCAAUUCUGCUUGGAGACAAUGUUGCUACUGCCACUGCGGGUCCUGAAACCGCGGCGGCGGCGUCAGCAACAAGAGCGACAAAAAUCGCGGGUAUGGCAGUCACUAGCGACCACAGCAGUGAUAGCAGCGACAGCGACGGCAAAAUACUUGACGAUUUGGUCCUCGAAGACUCUGGCUCCGACACCACCUUUAGGGUGCCCAAGACUAGUGGGAAGGGCAAGGUUUCCGCACCCGCGACACGGGGGAGGAGGUGGGUGAGCACGGAUACCGAAACGGAGUCUGAUAGGAAAUUACGGGAUGACCGGGUCCUUGAGGAUUCCGGUUCCGACGCCGACUUUGAAGCGCUGAUGACAACCCAGAGCCACGAUAAGGAUAAGGGCGAGGAUGAGGGCGAGAGCGAUGGGGGGGGCAGGACAAGAACAGAGGUCAUUCAGUUGGGCAGCAUGAGUUCGGCCCCCGCACUAGACACGGUAAAGCAAUACGUCUUAAAUGGGGUCCCUGUAAAUCCAAUUGAGGUGCGAAUAACGGUAACGCCCGUUGACCAGACGCACAAUAGAAGCACAUAUAUAUCAACGCAUCACAUCCUCCACUGCAUCCAUAUCGUUGUCACCACUCCCAUCUUAUCCACACAUGCCCAAAACUCAAACAUGCGGCUCACACACCACGAUAGUCCAUCGCACAAGUACUACUAGAGCACCGUACGGUGCUGCAGUGGAUUCAAUAAACCCGUCAUUAGCCAGUCUUACUCCCCUUGCCAAACCACAUCAUAAAAGCCCAGCAAGGUCCAUCCAUCCAUCACAUACGAGUAUAGUACCGGUACCACCGCACCACAACCAUCUAUUCCGAAACCUGUCUGUUGGCUGCCUCAGGUAAUGGACCUGACCUGAUGGCGUUGCUGUUGCUGUACAGUACCGCAGAAGGCUGGAGUCAAGGCCGGACGGGACGGAGCACGGCCUAUACUGGUAGUGGGGUACGUAGACUAAGCCAGGCUUCAAGUUUGAG